AUGAUCUCCGACGGCGAACUGUACCAGCUAGCAAUUGUUCUGGGCUCUAGUGCAAUGGCCCUGAUUGUUGUGUACCACUACCUAGAGGUCAACGCUGAGGACGAGAAGGCCCCCGCGGUCGCUGGAGCACAGUCUGCAAAGCAAGCAGCCGCAUGAACGACAUCGUCAGGAGGUGCAGAUCACAGUCGAAAUGGAAGAUUGAAGAAUAAAGAGGACAGUGUACGAUACCUCGGCGGAGUGUACGGACGAGAGAAUGCCGACCUACAGCGGGCCGCAAUCUGGUGGCGGAGGCGCUGGAGGUUGGUGGGAUGCCCGUACGACGCAUCCUGCUGACAGCGGGGUUGAACACAGAUGCUAGGCAGAUGGAAACGAUUGGGACCAGGCGAAGCAUUCCCCGUUGGCUUUGGGGGAGUACGAUCAUCCACUGCUAGGUGGUUUUUGGUGACAAUUCUUCGUUCAGGGCCCAUCCGGCCGAGAAAGAAAUCCAGACUUGAUACCCCAU